AUGGCAAGCAACGGUGAUGGUACAGUGGCUGCAGACGCACUCAAGGUACAGAUAGCAUCAAGCUCAAGCUCAGGCCUGGCAUCUGCCCAUGCAAUGGAACAACAAAGCGUGUCUUCAGGGCAUGUCAAUGGCACGGACGUAGCUACGAGAGACGACACGGGAAAUACUGGAAGUGUGAACUCGGGCAUCAAUAGCAUCGACGAUGCCGCCACACCCACUGAGCAAAACCAAGGCUUGAAUACUACAAGUCCAGCUGGCACAAAUAUCCCGAUAUUAACAAGUGCCAAUAAUAAUAAUACAAUCACAUUGCCGACAGGAGUCGCUUCCACCCCUGCAGCUCCUCUCAUAACAGACACAGACCACAGUACAGCAACACCGACAUCAGUCCCACGAGGAGGUCGCGGCGGUAGACCUCGAGGACGAGGUCGUGGGAUAUCCAGAGGCAGUAUUCGACGCGGUGCCAGAGGCGGCAAGCGAAAGCGUGAAGACCAAGACGAAGCCGACUCCGAAAGCAGCGAAGAAAUCUACACGCCAGCAGCCAAAAUCACAAAAUCCGGCCGUUCCAUCCAGAAACCCUCAUCCUACGUCCCACCACCGGAACCAUCGCCAGUCUCUGGGGUCAAGAAGAAACGGACCUACCGCCGGAAUCCGGAAUCAGCCGUCUGCAAGAUGUGCUUGCGUGGUACUAGUCCUGCCAGCAAUAUGAUCGUCUUUUGUGAUGGCUGCAAUACUCCGUAUCAUCGCUACUGUCAUCAUCCGCCCAUUCAUCAGUCUGUGGUGGAUGAGGUGGAUAAGGAGUGGUAUUGUAAACAGUGUGAGAGUGAGAGGGUUGUGCCGGUGCCGGAGGCUGAGGUAGCAGAUUUUAUUGCUGCUGGAGGCGCAUCGGCUGAACAGCGGCAACGAUACUUCGCAAGCUUACCACCUGGCAUGCUUAUCACCCUGCUCACCAAGGCGACAACGCUAAAGCCAGAUCUACCAGUUUUCGCGCCAGACUUUCAGGCUAGACUGUCCGUUUCCACAACGGUGGAGCAGGCGGCUGCAAACGGACACACGGGAACCACGAGUGUGAUACCUACUCAACAGCUACCUGAUGCGGUACUUGGUGCAAGUUCAGAUAUGAUCAAGGCUUCGAUUCCUUCCACUACCAUGGCCAAGACUGCCGGUGCUGCUUUCCCGGGCCAGAAUUCAGCUAUGGAGGACGAAGUCGUGCCCGCUGAGCAUCCACCAACUUAUCCUAGACCUGGCUAUGGCUUGAUGCAGACUCUACCGCCUGAGCAGGAAGAUCUUGAGUAUUUGGUUGACGAUGAUGACAAGUCUGGUGCAUUCACGCAUUUGUACCGGUGA